AUGUCAUUCGCAAAGAAAUGGUCGGAGACAAAAGACGACGAACUUAAUGCGGAGCUCAUCGCAGAACUGCUCGAAGAUGUCUCAGAUGAUAUCUGGGUGACUGCCGCAUGCGCAGAACGCGUCGUGUCAAACCCUGAAGUCGCACAAGUACUCGUCAAGACUGGCCUCCGACGGAGUACACGCGUAAUAGAGUCUAUUAAGGGCUCCUUGGCGUCAUAUGAGCAUAUCGGAGAAACGGAGGAUUCUGCAGCAGGACCUGAACAAUCCCUUCAGUCCUACUUCAGGAUACACGAGCGUGAAAGGAGGCUCUGCAUUCUACGACAGCUUUUAUUCGACCGUCUGGACAGAAUCCAAACAUUCCUCAUCAUGGAAAACGCGAUUCAGGCAGCGACUGCUGAAGACGAGCGUGAACUAGAGGAGGAUGACCCGUGGGCAGACCCUGAGGAAGAAGAAGAAAAGGAGGACUCUUCUCCAGGUCCCAAGGCUUCAUUCACCCUAUUCGAGUUCCUCUCUCAGCCACUUGUCGAUAGCGCAAUCAUAUUAGCGUCAGAGCAGCGUUUCCGAGCAUUGGACCUGCUUCAAAGUUAUCAUGAUGCAGCGCUGUUUCCGUACAGAUUCUCCAUUCUGGACGCCAUCCCCCUCUCCGCCCAUCCAUCUGAAUAUCAUCAUUUACUCCCUGCCGCCGAUUACGAGACAAACAUGGAGAUCAAACCUCAGCGAAGCUCUUGGCGAGAGAAGCCGGAUUGGGUGGAAGAAACCAGUGUUGUAGACGCCCUGCGAGCAACCUCCACGCCGGAGGAGCUGGCGUGGCUGGAUGAUAUGGAAGUCUCUGACGACGAAUUUCCUCGAGUACGAAAGGAUUCGCUUCUCAAGUCAGAGGAGUUGACAGAUUGGUAUACACGCAGAGUCGAAUCGACGGACUCACAGUCAGGAUUACUCGACACCGCGCUCGCGUUAUUACAGCACGGUGCAUCGCAGGGCGUUCCUCGCCUUGACGAACUUGGCGAAGACCUUAUCCUUCUCGACAGACUGGUGUAUGAAGCCCCCCAGCCUUCAGAUCCUUCCCUCCUAACGGAUUGGUCGCUCGCGCGAUGGCGAACCAUGUCCCCACCAGAAGUCAUCAAAGCCUACUUGGCCUUCUCGGACUUUGAGUCAGUUGCCGAGGAUAUAAGACGACUGGUCCUUCCGUAUCUAUCUGUUCUCGAGGCCCAGGCAGAGAGAGCCAAGCGACCCGACCUGGAGCUCGUCAAUCGCCUUCUUUACGACUAUAUUCUUCAUGCGCCCUUGGAACUGGUCGUUGCCAUCUUCGAGAGUUCCAAAGCCGACAUGCAGCGCUCCUAUCGCAUUGUGCGUAAUGACGAAGAUGUUGCGCGGCUUGCACUAGCCUACGUCUAUGGUCUGCCUCGAAUAACCGACUGGCCUAUGAUGAGUCGGAUAUUCGAAUGUCAACCAGAUUGGGGCGAUGACCGAGAUGAGGACGACGAAGCAUACGCAACGCUGACGUCGCUGGCCGAGUUUGUUGCACCUUCGGCAUCUCGCGACGCGCCCUCGGCAGAGGAAUUGUUCAUCUUCUUCAAACCUCUACCAGCUUCGGCCCUCUCGCGGCUACUCGAUAUCCUCGACUCGCAUCUAGAAGGAGCAGAGAUUCUGGAUAAAUGGGGUGUUGCGACCAACCUUCAAUGGUUCAUUCUAAGCCGAAAGGAUGAAGGGCAGCAACGAGCACGAGCCGUGAGGAUGUCGAGACGGUCGGGUGACAGUGGGGAGGCUUUGGAGGAUGAGCAGGAAUGGCGAGAUCUGCUGGAGGAUAUGCUCAAGCUCACGGCGAAAAGAGAGGGGAACAAGUCUGCUUUCUGCAUGCUAUCUCGAGAGGAGAUUACCAGGAUCUUCUUCACUGGGCUUCUGAGCUCUGGAAACUUUGGGGUUGCAAAACGCAUCAAGGGCCGAGGCAGCGCAGCCAAGUAUCUCACAGGACCAGUCGUUGAGGAACUUUGCCUCAAUGUUUCUCGGGAGCUUUACGACAAUGCUAGCUCGGGUAAUAUGCAUCGAGGCGACAUGAAGACGGCCUAUGAAUGCUUGACAGUAGCUACCCCAAGUCCAAAAGUCCAAGCAGAAAGAGAAUUCAUCGAAGCGACUUCCAAGAUAUGCUCAUUCAACGUCAUGACAAGACCCGGCAUAUCCAUUACACCACUCGAGAUUCGCUUGACAAAGGACCGUUUGGAGCUAAUAGCACGUGUGCUUUCCAGUUCCGAAGACGCGUAUAAACAUCAAGAAGUCAUUCUCGACCUCGCGCAUAAGCUCGGUUUCAAAAACGAUGUAGCUGCAGAGGUCAAGAUUCUCGCCAUGCUAGUCGAGGUAGCACUCCAACAUGAAGACUUUAUGCGAGCCCAAGCCACCUGCGAACGAAUGAUGGUCGACGCCCGUCGUCUUCGAUCCGAUAUGUCUAUAAGCCAAUCUACGCACCACGACGAGGCUCUCGAAGUCGCCUGGAGAUGUUGCUAUCAACUCGGACGUCAAUCUGAAUUUCACGAUACGCCCGCGAAAAUGCGGCUGUUAGGAUUCGCAAUCGAGCUUUGCCCGACCGACAACACGCUCGACAUUCUCGCGGCCUGGAGGAAGAUUGAAGCAGAGGACAUUGAUGAGAGGAAGAAAAGGUCUGCUGCACGUGCCGCUGCGCGUCCUACGGGAAAACGACGAGAAACUGGUCCAUCCCUUUUACAAGUUCAUGCGGGUGCCGCGGCUGGAUCGUUGCUCAAGGGCCUACGAGAGUUUUCGCAAGGUCAGGAAGCGGCCACGCAUAUGCUCAGUCGUGUGACAGCCAACCUCCCAUUUUCACUUGGUGGAGGGAAUACUGCCAGCGGUGGUGGGCGCAGGAGCGACGAAAUGGAACGAAGCGGAUCGUCGCCACGCGACUUUGGUCAACUCUUCUCCAGGAAUUUGGCCGGUACUCCAUCUCCACGGCAUCAUGUGACGGACGAAGUUGCCGCGACUGCACGGCACGCUCUCGCACGCGGCAUGGGAUGGCUGAUCGGUGGAGAUGACGACGAUAGAUAG